AUGGAUGUGCUGCUUGUUAUUGAGAUUGUCUACAAGACCGCUGCUCUGGAAAUUUCGGCGAAACUCUUCCAAGUUUGCUUCUGCGAAUACAUGCGGGAAACCCCUGGACACCAGCGAAGCUCUGCAUGGACACCAUCGUCCGACCAACAGCUCCCCCAGCGUCCGCUACCUCAACCACGCAUCUCCGCUCCGACUCGUCUCCGGCGUACUCCAUUCAGCCGAUUCGACAGACCACAAAAGUUCAUUGCUCAGUAUGGGGCGUUUGCCAAUGGCCUCAGCCAGCCCACCUCUGACGCGAAGCAUACGCGAUUGGAAGCCACCCGAACUUUGUCACUGCAGACCGGCACAGCCCUAGACCCCCAAGGUAACCUACAGCGGGGUCGAGCUGUAUUCACUAAGGGCAAUGGGCUCUGCGAUUAUACUGUCAAGAUGCCAAUGAUGCAAGAGGCUACAGAAUCCGGCAACAUCGACGUCACAUCUUUCACCGUAAAUGACUUGACUUUGGAUGACCGCUUCAAGAACAAAUCUUAUGUCGUCAAUAAACGGCAUGUGCGAUGUUAUGCUGGUGUUCCCAUCCGGAGCUCCAAUGGCCACAGUAUUGGUUCAUAUUGUAGUAUGGACGACAAGCCCCGGAAAGAUCUUAGCAUUCUCGAACUUUCUUGA